ACAAUAAUACGUACGCUCAACAUCUUUGAGAAGUUUGAGGGGCCGUGUGUCGGUUUGCCACCAGGCCAGGAGCCCACAGUGAACAAUGUUUGCAAGGGAAUUAAGGAUGAUCAGCAGUUAAUAACACUGUUCAAUGAAAACUUUGUGCCAAUUAAUUGUCGUUCGUCUCUUGAGGGCGUUUGGCAUUUUACAUAUCAGAAUCGAUUCCGUUUUACGGGCGUCUGUAACAAGCCAGAUGCACGCAUCCAAUCGUGCCAGACUGCUGGCACACAAUUUCUUAUCCAGAAUCAAAAGUUUAACAUUACUUAUCAGAAGUGUGAGGGCAUGGAGGGCACGUUUACUGGAACUGUGGAGUUCAGCUGCCUCGGCGAUUGGUUUGUGGGAAAGAAUCAUUAUUUUGCUGUUGCCAAUACAAAAGAAUCACGUAAGGAUGAAAAAUACCGUUGCUUCCUCAAGAAUCGAGAUGAUGAUCUGUAUGUGGGUGUCUCCAUUACUGCUGAGUGCAAUACUCUCAAGACCCCGGAAAACUCGCCCGAGCGUCUUAAACUAACACCAGUGAAAGCWGAGUUUGUUGAGCCCGGUUGCACACUGCCUCAGAACUUUUCUGGCGAAUGGGUGAAUACCGCCAACAUUGAUGCAGAUGUGUCCAUUAGUGAAACCCACAUCAAUGAGACAUAUUAUCCUGAUAGGGCUCGAUACCGGAAGACAAUUUACGUGUGCCGUGAACGUCGUGGCAAUCGUGUUAUGAUGGCGCGUCUUACUGUCGAUGGUUGUCAAAAGGAUUAUGUUUGCUUUGACUUUAUGCCCAGGCACCACAAUAUCAUACGAUAUCGUAAGGGCUUAGCUGUUAUUAAAGAUGAUUUCAGUACAGUUUGCUCCUGGGUACAAUUUCCAAAUUCAGAGGCCUGGAAAUAUGAUUUGUUCUUGGCGAAAAACCCAGUUCCUGUCCGUUGUCCUGUUGCUGGAAAGUUUAAUUUCACACAAAGGGGAGAACAUCCCUUUAAGACGAGGAUCCUUGGUGGCGUUACACUGAGUCCUCGUCCAGAUAUCCACUGCAAGCAGAACAUAUCCGAUUUAUCAGUCUGUGACACAGACCAAAAGGAGUUGGCCGUCGAUGAGAACUAUUGCUUGUCUGUCGAUCAUUUGGGGCGACCUGUUGAUAUAUACAGUGAUCCCGAUUACCGUAUGAAAUGCAUUGGCUUUUGGAAGGAAAAUCUAAAGUCAUACCUAAUUACUUACGAUGAUUUGGAUCCGCUAUCUAAAUACCGUUGUUGGGUGUAUCAACGUGCUGAUCUAAACCGAGUCCUAAUGUCCCAGGCUGUAGGCGCAUUUUGUAAACUAAACCAAGACGUUACCUCAUGGAAUCACUCCGAAGGCGCUGCAGUCGCCAUUGAUGCCGUUGAAUACGAACGUGAACGUGACGAUUGUCCUAUGUAUUUCGAUGAUGGUUUAAAUCCUUGGAGACCAUCAGACGCUUCAAACAUUGUCUUCGAAUGGGACUUUUACAAAGCUGGCGCAGAUCAUUUGGCUUUCCCAAGUUUUGUCUUGGGCAUUUCCGGAAUUUAUAUGGUAGUUACAUUUUUAGUCGCUUAAUAAGUGUAGAAUAGGUUUUACAGUGCCGUCCAUUCAUGUUUCAGCCUAGAAAACUCGUUUUAUUAAUAUUUAAUAAUGUGCCUUCGAUGUUUAAUCAAAUCGACAUUCUUAAACAAAUUGACAACAUAUCGAUCUAGUUUGUAAGUAUAAAAUCAAUAGAAUGUUAGAAAAUUUCGACAUCCUUUUUACAUUCCGUCCACAAACGAAUCUCAAUGUUUUGUACAAACAAAUAAAGCAGUUCAAUGCACUUU